AUGUUGAAAGAAAACACCGGUGACAUCCUCUUGGUGCCGAUCGUGGUCACCACUACCGACGUACAAGAUUUCGACUUCUCGAUUCCGAUUUUUAAAACGUGGUACGAACUCUACGCAAAGUAUACCGUCAACAGGGCCACUUCGCUGUCGUACUUGGAGACUUGGAGUCCGGAAGUAUGGGCCGCGUUCCUGUUGACGAUGUUCGUGAUCGUCGUGUGCCUGUGGUUGGUCGUGAAAAUCAGACACAUAAUGCCGUCGGCGGACGACGUGCCCGUGCAGCAGGUACAAUUGCAACAACCACCGGCCAUCGAAUCUCCUAGCCUGAUAUCCUAUUUCUUCGUCGUGUGGGGAUCGAUUUGCAGUCAAGGACUUCACACCGUCAACACCAACUCCUGUUCCGUGCGAGUCGUAUCCUGGGUCACGUUACUGUUUGGGCUGUGCAUUAGCACUUCAUACUCAGCCGUGCUGUUCUCCCGGUUGACCGUUGACAAGUCCGACCUGGUCAUACCGUCAUUGGACACGGUGUCCAGGAUGCGGACGCACGUGCUGUGCGUGAGGCGCAACAGCUUUGGAUACCUGUUGUUCAAAGUGACUACACGUUGUACUAAUGUCGUUUAG